GGUCUCACAGAGAUACCGCCAUCACGUCGGGAGAGUGGCCCCUUCUGUGAGAUUUAACGGAUAAAAAGGGGCGCGCGAGAAGGAAUCGCUCCAACGCACGUCGCGUGAAUGAACGUAGUGACGUCACGCGGGGAUCGUGACGCCGAGGCUCGCGACACACAACAAACAGCGCCUGUCCCCGCCCACAGCACCCGUACACACACACACACACGCGCGCGCGCGUCUUAGUCCGAAUUGUUACAGCUUAAAAUCCACACGCAGCGAUGCCGAAUGUAUUAAGAGCCUGAAUCGUUUUGUUUCUCAACCGGACUCGUUUUAGUCACACAGCCGCGCGCGGGAUCCACGGAGGAGGAGGAGAGCAGGGCUAACGCUGCUAGCCGCUUUAUUCAUAUUUUGUUUUCCACAUCCGAGAGGCGGGGAACCCGAAGCCGAAGCUGUCAAACAAAUCGAGACUUUUGGAUGCAUUCGAUCAACCCCAGCGUUUCGUUCCACGGUCGCCUUAUCUCGGGACUUCUGUUUUCUGGAGACAGCAGCGAGACGCUAUCGAGGAGUUACAUGGAUUAUCUGUGUUUCAGGACGUUGUGCUGUAAAGGACCUCCUCCUCCCAGACCAGAAUAUGACGUGGUUUGUAUCGGUCUGACGGGUUCUGGGAAGACCAGCCUGCUCUCCAGACUUUGCAGUGAGGCAACAGACAACAUCGUCCCUACCACAGGUUUUAGCAUUAAAGCCGUCCCGUUCCAGAAUGCCAUUUUAAAUGUCAAGGAACUCGGAGGAGCGGAUUCAAUUAAAAAGUACUGGAGCCGGUACUACCAGGGCUCUCAGGGGGUGGUCUUUGUUUUGGACAGCGCUUCGUCGGAGGAGGACCUGGAGGUGGCGCGUACGGAGCUCCACUCGGCCCUGCAGCAUCCGCAGCUCUGCACGCUUCCCUUCCUCAUUCUGGCCAACCACCAGGACAAACCUGCUGCCCGCUCUGUGCAAGAGAAGGUCUUUAUUAACGCUCCCAGCACCCCUCACACCCCUUAUGGAGCACUUUGUAUGAUGGAUGGAUGCACUUUUUGGGCUUCAAAAUCACUGCCAGUGAAGCUCGGAAGAGCCAGGACGUUCUGUAAGAAACUCCUAUACAGCUACGAUAGCUUGAGGGUGAGUAAAUCAUGGGGCAAUUUUCAUUUUUGAGUGAACUAUCCCUUUAAGUAUUGUUUUGUAUCCAGAAGUUUCCAAAUGCCUUUUGGGACCACUGUACAUCGUACACCUGGCUUUUUAAAGUUUCAAUAAGAUGGUUGUAGAUCUUUCCUGAAGGGCUUCAAGCAAGGAAAUAGCUCUUGUUGAAAUAUUUGUGUUUGUUGCUGUCUAAUGUUGCCUUGGAAAUUUUGAAAACAGAGCUGCUUAUAAUCAGAAGAGCCUUCCUCUAUCUCAUGUAAUGCUGUGAUCAGUUCUGUAACCCUACUGUCCCUCGAGUCUUUGCGUUCAUCAUGCCUGCUAAUCAUAGGACUGCACUUUUUUUUUUUUUUCUCUCGUGUUGCCUCAAGUUUUCCUCCACAUCAUCUACCCUAGCUAACGCUGAUCAGUACAGUGAACACAUUCCUGACUCCCUCCCGUUCCUGCCCUGUUGAAAAGGACUGGCGCUAGUAUUACAAGUUUGUCCUCAUAUUCCCCUGGCUAAUACAUUGGAAUUUCUUGGCUGAUACCUCAUACUUUCUAACUUCAGUAGAAUAAAGAUCUAGUUGUUUUAUUUUGGAACUCGUUUACUGGCUGAAUAUUUACAGAUACAAUUUAUCCUGCAUUAUUAUUGGUCAAUAGGGGAAACUUGUUCCAUAAUAACAACCCCAGCCAAAUGUUCGUUAAAAACUCUUGUUUAAAUGUCUGAUCUCAGUUUUUUAAUGUCGGUUUUCAGUGCAGUGCUAGUACAUUAGUUAAUUAACCGUAAGUCAGCACAAGCUAGCAAUGUUGUCAGUAUAGCAUUUGUUAGCAUGUAAGCUAACAAGUUGCAUAUUUGAUUUGUGUCUUAUUUUUAAAUGAGGUCAACUCAAGAUCACUGAAGACAAGAAAUUUGGUAUUAAAAAUAAGUAAUAAGUAGAGCAAAUAAUUAAGAAAUGCUGCAUGCAGGGGUGUGCGAUAUUGACCAAAAAAAUUAUAUCUCAAUAGACUGCUGUCUCCUGAGUUUUGUGAUAGUCUUCAUAUUCUGUGUACUGGUUACUGAUAGAAAUUAAUCUUUUCCCUUUUAAUCAGUUUUAACUCAUUUGUACAUUUUAUGGGCAUUUUUACCUUAUAAAGCUUUUAAAGUCCAUUAUCUUUUGAAUACCGAUUAAAAAUUAUUUAAAUAAAAAAAUAUAUUCUGAAUGUAAAUUAGUAGGCGGCAGUAAGUCACUUUAAAUAUGUGAGUCGUUGUAACUGAAUCAUUUAAACUGUUGAUUCAUUCGGAAACAAAUCAAUCUCGUAUUUUUCUGAGACGCAAAAUAAUGCUGUGGUUGUGUUUGGAAUUAUUUUUUGUUUGUUGUUUGGCCCGAACUAAAAAAAGAAAGUGAAAUUUUUGGUCCUGGUCUGCUUAGUGUUUUUGACAGCAGACCUUAGGAUAGCAAACCUAAAGGCAUAGUCGUAUGCCUGCCGCACACUAUGCACAUGGUUCAAACAGUGUGUAUUUAGUUUUCCUAAAGAUGAAAUAUGCUGGAAUCUAAUUUAAAGUGCUCCUAUUAUGGGUUUUGACAGGCCGACAUGCAUGCAAGGUCAAAAAAACACCUUCUUUGUCUUGUAAUAUGCUCCCAAACGAUCCGUUUAAUUUUCCCACAGCCCUUCAGUGAUUGGUCGAUUUCAUUUAAAAAGCGGUGUCUGUGAGCUUUUAACGCUUCGAGAGCGACACCUAGUGGUGAAGAAUGAAUUAGCAUUUUCAUUCAGACCAACGCUAAAAGCGGGCGGGGAAUAUGCUAAUGUUUCGUCUCUUUCUUUCGAGAGAUCAUAACUACACAUUUAAUACUUUGCAGGAUGUUUUCAAUCACCGCACACUGCAUGAAAGCCCAUUUUCACUUUUUUUAUGUACCCCCACCGAACUAAGCUUUAUUUUUUAAU